AUGCAGUCCUCAUUGCUUCCUCGCGUGAGAGCGCAGCCGUUCAAAUGCCGUUCUCUUACAUCCACCCUGGUCCGUAGCAGGGCCAUGGGCUCCUAUGCGACGUUCAAGGUGCCUCGCAUUGACAACGAACCCAACAAACAUUAUGCCCCUGGUUCGCCCGACCGCAAAGCUCUCGAAGAAGCCCUGGCCAAGGCCAAGCAGGAUGCUCCUCUUAACGUACCACUUGUCAUUGCGGGCAAAGAGAUCAAGUCCUCGCAGACUUUCACCCAGCCCAGCCCCGCCUCCCAUGCGCCCGUAGCCACCUACGCCAACGCCACCACCGCCGACGUUGAAGCAGCCAUCAAGGCGGCCCUCGAGGCUCGCGAGUCGUGGGCCUCCACCUCCUUUGCGGAUCGUGCGAGCGUCUUCCUCAAGGCCGCAGAUCUGAUCUCGACCAAGUACCGCUACGACAUCAUGGCCUUGACCAUGCAGGGACAGGGAAAGAAUGCCUGGCAGGCCGAGAUCGAUGCUGCGGCCGAGCUGUGCGAUUUCUUCCGCUUCGGCGUCAAGUAUGCCGAGGAGAUGUACGCCCAACAACCGGUUCACAAUGCCCCGGGAGUUUGGAACCGCGUCGAGUACCGUCCUUUGGAAGGCUUCGUCUACGCCAUCAGCCCCUUCAACUUCACUGCCAUCGGCGGAAACCUGGCGGGUGCCCCUGCCCUGAUGGGCAACGUGGUGGUCUGGAAGCCAUCCCCCGCCGCCAUUGCGUCCAACUGGCUGGUCCACCAGAUCCUUCUGGAAGCUGGUCUUCCCAAGAACGUCAUUCAGUUCGUCCCCGGAGACGCCGAAGAAGUCACCAACACCGUCCUAAACCACCGCGAGUUCGCUGCUCUGCACUUCACCGGUAGCACCAGCGUCUUCCGCUCCCUGUACGGCAAGAUCGCUUCCGGAGUCGCCGAGGGCAAGUACCGCAGCUAUCCCCGCAUCAUUGGCGAGACCGGUGGGAAGAACUUCCAUCUGAUCCACAAGUCCGCCGACGUUCGCAACGCGGCUGUGCAGACCGUCCGCGGUGCCUUUGAGUUCCAGGGCCAGAAGUGCAGCGCCACCUCCCGCGCAUACGUCGCAUCCUCCCUUGCCGACCAGUUCUUCGAGCAGAUCGCCACCGAGACCAAGAAGCUCAAGGUCGGCGAGCCCUCCGACUUUACCAACUUCUGCGGCCCCGUCAUCCACGAGGCCUCCUUCAACAAACUCGCCCAGGUCAUCGAGGACGCCAAGAACGACCCCGAACUCGAGCUCCUGGCCGGCGGCACCUACGACUCCUCCAAGGGCUGGUACAUCCAGCCCACCAUCUACCGCACCUCCAACCCGGACCAUCCCCUCCUCUCGCGCGAGUUGUUCGGCCCCAUCCUCGUCGUGCACCCCUACAACGACGCCGACUUCACCCAGAUCUGCGAGAAGAUCGACCAGACCGGCGAGUACGCCCUGACCGGCUCCAUCUUCGCCCAGGACCGUGAAGCCGUCCGGGUGGCCGAGAACGCCCUCCGCAACACCGCCGGCAACUUCUACAUCAACUGCAAGAGCACCGGUGCCGUUGUCGGCCAGCAGCCCUUCGGCGGUGCCCGUGCCAGCGGCACCAACGAUAAGGCCGGCAGUGGGAACUUGCUCUCGCGCUUUGUCAGCCUGCGCUCCAUCAAGGAGGAGUUUGUGCCGACGUACAACGUGGCGUAUCCCAGCAAUGCCUGA